AUGGAGCUCACCGCCCUCACCGACGGGACCUCCUCUGCCCCUGCGGCUGCUUCGGCCGCCGCGAUCGUACCCGCCGGCGCCCCGUGUCACGCCGGCCCCGUGCUGCUCUCCUUCGACGCCGGGAACUACUCCAAGUGGUGCAUCUACAUGCGCGCUUCCCUGGGCCGCUCCGGCUACCUCGGCCACGUCGAUGGCACCGUCGCUGCCGCCCCCACCAACGCUGAGUGGGCCACCGCCGACUACACCGUCCUCAACAACCUCCACGCCGCCAUCGACGAAGAUGUCGCGGACAUGAUCCUUGCGGGGAAUCAGACCGCGCGUCAGCUGUGGCUCGCGGCACGCGACCUCUUCACCGUGAACAAGGCGAACAAAGCCAUCUACCUUGACAAAGACUUUCGCCAGCUUGUGCAGGGAUCCCUCUCCAUCCACGAGUACUGUCGCCGCCAGAAGCACCUCGCCGAUGCGCUCUCCGACAACGACUCUCCCGUGAGCGACCACGCCCUCGUCCUCAACACCCUGCGCGGCCUCUGCCCUCGCUUCGCCUCCGCCGCCACGGUCAUCUCCAUGACCGAUCCGCUGCCAACCUUCCUCCGCACCAGGGCCAUGCUUCUGAUGGAGGAGAUGCAGCAGGCCAACGCGGCGGCCACCUCCGCCAACACCGCCCUCGUCGCCCAGGCCCGCUGUCCCGCCUCUCCAUGCCCCGGCCCCGGCUGCCGCGGUGACGGUCCCGCCCCUGGUGCGGGCGCCAGGAAAGGCAAGCAGUCGGCCAAGCAGAAGGGCCGCACCGGCGGACGCCAGGGUGGAGGCGCCACCCAGGGCACCCAACCCGCCCGCACGCUGGCCCUGACCGGCCCGUGGGUCUGCUUCUCCCCGGGUGCUGGCCAGUGGCGCGCCCCUCCUCUAGACAGGGCAUCCUGGGCCCUCGCCCCCAGGCCUACACCGCCACCGCGCCGUCGACCUCGGCGACUACAUGGGACAUCUCGGCUCUCAUCGCCGCCCUAA